AUGCCCGGGUACGCCUCCAGCCCUACUGCCCAGUACCUCAUUACCCACAGCUUCUGGCGACACGACUACACCGUGACGACCCGCGGUCGCGACGUCUAUCGUGUCCAUACCUCGCAGUACUCCCCGGGUAAGCCCGAUCUGACCUUUUACGCCGGGCCCGACACCAGCGGGCCGGUGGCGGGCGUCUGCCGCUACCGACACUUCUCGUCAGACACAGAAAUCGGGUUGGGUGACCCGCGCGACGGCCGAAUGUACUGGGAGCGCAUGCACCGCGACGGGAAGAUGACGGUGCGGUACUGUUUCCGGGUGCGGGUGGGCCGGGGGCUGCAGACGUUUACCUGGAAGAAGACGUCGAUGGGGCAGGGCACCUUUGGCAAUUUGAAGCUGGUGGAUGAGGCGGGGCGGGUGGUCGCGGUGUUGUCGUCGGGCAGCACGUUCUCGAAGCGAACGGGCCAACUGGAUGUAUAUGCGCAGUAUGGCGGUACGUUCCCGAUGAUGGUGCUGUUUAGCGGGAUCGCGUUGCGCGAGAAGUUGCGCCGAGCGAGCAAUAACGCAGCAGCAGCAGCAGCGUCAAGUGGGGGCGCGGCGGCGGGGGCUGCUGGCGGGGGCUGUUAA